GUGCGUCCGGCCUCUCUGGCUGAUGAAAUAAGUUUUGGACCGGAGGUGAGUGAUCUGACAGACUGCCGAUCAGCAUGUGUGCAUCGACUUGUAGCAGACCUCGAGGCUUCCGUGGUACCUCAGCUCACGACCAUGACACGCAUGCCCUGGGCUAAUCUCUCUGCCGUUGGUGAUCAGUCGCCCUACGUCACCGCCAUCAUCACUCAUCUCAAAUCUCAAGUGCCGCUCAUGAGAGAUACACUCUUCUCCGUCAGGGCUUACUUCACGCAAAUCUGUAUAAAGUUUGCCGACUCGAUAAUCAGUCGCUUUGUGGCCUCUCUCUAUCGGUGCAAACCACUCAACACAUUUGGCGCUGAACAGCUUCUCCUCGACACUCAAUGUCUCAAAACUGCUCUCCUUCAGUUACCUCUCUUCGGAACUAAGGUAUGUGAUUUGCAGUAUGCCACCUCAGGGAAAGGAAACUCCUGA